AUGCCUUGUUAUGUGGUCACCGGUGCGGAUCGAGGCAUAGGGUACGAGUUUGUGCGUAAACUCUCAAAAGACCCGGCCAAUGUCGUUGUCUCUUUGGUGCUUGCGAAGGAAGCGACAGAAGCGAGACUUAAGGAGCAUAAUAUCAAAAACGUGCAUGUCAUCGAAGCCGACGUUACUGAUCGAAGCGCUCUCCUAGUGUGUGGAUUCCCCUCUGUGCACGAAGCAAGGCGAGACAGGACUAAUGACAUUCAGAAAGCAGCCGAAGAAACUGAAAAGAUCACUGGCGGAAAAGGCGUGGACAUUUUUAUAAAUAACGCUGGUUUAGUAGCAAAGCCCACAGCCUUUCGCACUCUGGAAGACUACUAUGACAUGGUCGACGUGUUUGACAAGGACUUGUACGAAUGCUUCAGCAUCAACGCGGUCGGGACAAUCAACGCAACUGCGGCAUUCAUUCCCCUGAUACGAAAAGGGACUGUCAAGAAGGUGAUUGCACUGACAAGCGGCAUGGGCGACGUCGACUUUACCAACGAACUCGACAUGGACAUGGCUGUGCCGUAUUCAAUAAGCAAAGCUGCCAUGAACAUGGUUAUGGCCAAGUUCAGCGCCUCGUACAAGAAAGAAGGCAUCCUGUUCAUGGCGGUCAGUCCCGGUGCUGUUGACUCGGAAGACGACGGUCGCGGAUCCAACGCACCCGUCCAGGACAUCGAGGGGGACUUGUCACAAAGUCUCUAUCCCGUGCGGCCGUGGCAUAAACUUGCGAGCGUUCCAGAGCUGCAAAAGCGCAUGGAGCAGGGCUUGAAGUUUCACCAGUACGAACCGUCUUAUACGAAGCCGUUGAAUACGCAAGAGUCUGUGGACUGCCUCCUGAGGGUUCUGAGCGAGAAGAGUAUCGAGAAUGGAGACGCCGGAGCAUGUAUUUCACAUCUGGGCACGAGGAGAUGGCUUUAG